AUGUCAAAUUGGUUCGAUAAACAACUAUCAUCAUCUGAUUUAUCCUUGUUACCCGAAACAUAUGAAAAUGUAAAUGCAUUUCAUCGUUUUUUAUUUAUUCGAUGUAUAUUACGAGAUCGAACGAUCUCAGAAGCACGAUAUUAUGUUCAAGAUAGUCUCGGAAUAAAAUAUUUAGAAAUUCCUGUUCUUAGUUUAGAAUUACUAUGGGAUGAAAGUAAUUCUAAAAUAUCUUUACUUGGUUUAUUCUCAUCGAGUGCUGAUUCAACAUCGAAUAUACAGACAUUAACAAAAAAGAAAAAUAUUGAUUUAUUUAUUGUAUCCAUGGGAGAAGGACGAUAA